AUGGCGGGAGGUGCUGCCAUCAAUAUCUUUAACUUAAAAAACACGGGUCUUCCCAAAGAGACCCUGAACUGGAGGCUAUGGUUUGCCGUGUUUGCUUUCGGCAUUCUCGGCGCCGCCCGUGGUGUUGAUGAAGGUCUCAUCACCGGUGUCUUCAACUCGCCUUCCUUCAAGAAACAGCUUGGGCUCGACGGCCUGAACAAGACAGAUCUUGCCAGUGUCAAGGGCAAUGUCUCAUCCAUGGUUCAGCUUGGCAGCAUGCCCGGUGCUCUCUUUGCCUUCAUCAUCUGUGAUCGCUUCGGUCGUGUCUGGGCCACGAGGCAACUCUGUGUUCUCUGGCUUGUGGGUAUUGCCAUCUUCAUGGCCAACCAAGGAAGCAUGGCUGCUGUCUAUGCUGGUCGCUUCAUCGCCGGUGUUGGUAUCGGAGAGACUGUUGUCGUCGGCCCCGUAUAUCUGUCCGAAAUUGCCCCCGCACCAAUUCGUGGUCUCUGCACUUGUGCAUUCACUGGAGCCGUAUAUCUUGGUAUUUUGGUUGCUUAUUUCGCCAAUUGGGGAACUGAGAUGAACAUGAACGAUGGAUAUAAUCGAUGGGCCAUUCCUACUUCUAUCCACCUCAUGUUUGCCGGUAUCACCUUGAUCCUCACCUUCUUCACCAUGGAAUCUCCUCGUCACCUCAUCCGCGUUGGCAAGCGCGAAGAGGCCUUGAAGGUUCUCUCCAAGUUCCGAGGACUUCCUGUUGACCACCCAUAUGUCAUUGAUGAAAUCACUGCCAUCGAUUACUCCUACCAAGAAGAGAAGGAGGCCACACUCGGCAUGGGAUGGAUGGGCGUUGUCAAGGAGAUCUUCACCGUCAAGCGCAACGCCUAUCGUUUGUUCCUCACCAACCUGGCACAGAUCAUGGCCUGCUGGUCCGGAGGAUCUGCCAUCACCGUCUAUGCACCUGACCUGUUCAAGCUUGUCGGCAUCACCGGUCAGCAGCAGUCUCUCUUCUCAACCGUCAUCUUCGGAGUUGUCAAGUUUGUCGCCUCCAUCAUCUGCGCGCUCUUCCUUGUUGAUAUGGCAGGACGAAAGCGUUCGCUCGUUUCUGGAAUCGUACUUCAGACCAUUUCUCUGUUGUUCAUCGGUAUUUUCCUCAACGUCGUCCCGAUCGCCAACAACCCAAGCUUCAAGGCUACCAAGUCCCAGAGUAUCGCUUCUGAGGCUGCCAUUGCCAUGAUCUACAUUUCUGGCGCAGGCUGGGCCCUCGGAUGGAACAGCGGACAGUACCUUUUGUCUUCUGAGCUGUUCCCCCUCCGCAUCCGUGCCGUCUGCUCCUCAAUCACCAUGGCCAUGCAUUUCAUCUGCCAGUAUGGUGUCAACCGUGCGCUGCCCAACAUGCUCCUGGAGGGAACUGGCCUUGGUCCUCAGGGCACAUUCUACUUCUUCGGAAUCUUCUGUUUGGUGGGCGGUUUCUGGGUGUGGCUCUGCGUCCCCGAAGCUGCCGGCCGCAGCCUCGAGAGCAUCGAUCAGCUGUUCGACCUUCCCUGGUACAAGAUUGGACUGCACGGAAAGAAGUUCGCCGAGGAGUACGACCGCGAGCAGGAGGAGAUUCACCGAAACGAGAAGACGGGAGCCGAGGCCACCCACGAGGAGUUGGCUGGGCAAACUGCCCGCGUUUAG